AGCCAGUGAUAGAUAUCUAGAUCAAUUAAAAAAUGGGUGAGGGAAGAGGCACUGCCAAUAGCUCAAGUGUUAUUGCAAUGAUACUAUUAGUAUUAUGUAUGUUUGUGUUUCAUCCUAAGAUGAUUCAUGCAGAAACAUACACUGUUGGUGAUGACAAAGGUUGGUCCUUUGGUGUUCAAAAUUGGCCUUCAGGAAAAACUUUCAAGGAAGGUGACAUACUUGUGUUCAAUUACACCCCUGUGAUACAUAGUGUGGUGACAGUGAAAGAGUUUGGCUACAAUUCAUGUUUCCCUUUUGGAGGAUCUGGGUUCCAUAUCUCUGGAGCAGAUAAAAUUACACUUGUUAAGGGAAUGAAUUAUUUCAUAUGUGGUACUCCUGGUCAUUGUAGUCAAGGACAGAAAAUUGCGGUGAAUGCUAUUUAAACUCUAAUUAAUAUUCUUUAUAA